AUGGGGAACAAUAAGUUUUUGUUGUUGGUGUUUUUUCAAAUGGUAAUUGUGGCGAAUGGUUGUUGGGAGGAAGAGAGAAGUUCUCUCUUGGAUCUGCAAGCAAACAUAAUGAGUUCUAAUGGCGAAUUGUUGGUUGAUUGGGCUGGUUAUAAUGCCAAUGGUUUUACAGAUUGUUGUUUCUGGAAAAGGGUAAAAUGCAGCUUAGAAACAGGUCGAGUGAUCAAACUCGAUCUCGGAACAGGUUUUGAUACAGGGGAUGGUUGGAGAUUUAAUGCCUCUAUCUUUCUUCCAUUCAAGUCACUACAACUUCUUUCAUUAUCUUCCAGAAAUAUUAUAGGGUGGACAAAAAAUGAAGGUUUCAGUAAACUAAGGCAGCUUCCCAACCUGAAAGUAGUCGAUUUGCAAUUUACUCCGAUCCAUCCUGAAGUUUUACUAUCAUCUUUAUGUUGGAUUUCAUCUCUUGAGGUUCUAAAACUUGGUGCAAAUGUUUAUACCUAUUUCAACGUACCAACAUAUAAUAACAGGAUGAAUAAGAAAUGUGGAGGGCUAACCAAUUUAAGAGAACUCUGGUUUGAAGGUUAUGGAAUCAAUGACAUCAAUAUCCUUUUUGCAUUGGGUGUUGGUGGAAAUUCUGGACUGAGGAACUUAGAGAAACUCAUUUUGAAUAAGAAUAACUUCAAUUCCAGCAUCUUUUCAUCACUGAAGAUUUUUCCAUCUCUCAAUCAUCUGAAUCUAGCCACCAACAAAAUAAAUGGAUAUAUUGAAAUGAAUGAUAUAAUUGCUUUGAGCAAUUUGAAAUAUCUGGAUCUCUCACAUAACAAUAUAGAGAGCUUUGUGACUGCCAAAGGUAACAAAAGAAUGAGUUCUUUGCACAAUUUACUAUUGAGAAGUUUUAACUCCAGUCCGAGCAGAGUCAUAGAAUCCCUAAAAUCAUUCUCAUCUCUGAAGUCACUAUCUUAUGAAAAUAGUGAUCUCACUGCUCCCACCAUAAUUUACUCAUUAAGAAAUCUGAGCACGGUGGAGUACCUAUACUUGGAGGGAUCUUCUUUAAAUGACAACUUUCUCGCAAACAUUGGACAAAUGACUUCUCUUAAAGUGUUGAGUAUAGCUUUUGGUAGCAAUAAUGGCACCCUCCCUAAUCAAGGUUGGUGUGAACUCAAACACCUUGAAGAGCUGGAUUUUGUAAACAAUAAUUUUGUGGGAACACUGCCUUCGUGUCUUGGAAACAUGACAUCACUUCGACGGUUGAGUUUGGCUGGGAAUAACUUACAUGGAAAUAUAGCGUCACAUUCUAUUUGGAGGAGACUCACAUCACUUGAGUACCUUGAUAUUGCGUAUAACCAAUUUGAAGUUCCUCUGUCAUUCAGCCUAUUUUCCAACCAUACAAAAUUGAUCUAUUUGGAUGUUGGUUCUAAUACAAUAAUUCCAGAUACCGAAUUCCAAAAUUGGAUCCCAAAUUUUCAGUUGAAGUUUUUUGCAAUCAAAAGAUGCAUAAACCUUCACAAAUUCCCUUCUUUCCUUCACUAUCAAUAUGACUUGAGGAUCCUUGUUAUAUAUGAAAAUCAAUUGGCAGGAAACUUUCCAACAUGGUUGUUAGAAAAUAAUACCAGACUUGCAGCCAUUUAUGGUAGUGAUAAUGCUUUCAACGGAUCACUGAAGUUGCCAUCGAAUCGUCACCUCCAUCUAGAGGCGAUUGAUGUUUCUAAUAACAAACUAAAUGGACAUAUUCCAGAAAAUAUGAGUUUAGCCUUCCCAAAGCUUACUAGUUUGAAUAUGUCACAAAAUUAUCUUGAAGGUCCUAUACCUUCCAAGAUUAGUGGCAUUCAUUUAGAAUUCCUAGACCUAUCUAACAAUCUCUUAUCUGGAGGAGUUCCUAGUGAUGUGGCAAUUGGUUCUCCACAAUUGUUCUACCUUCGGUUGUCAAACAACAAGCUUAAAGGACAUAUAUUUUUGGAGGAGGUCAAGUCACAUAUAUUGUCCUUUUUUUAUUUGAAUGGCAAUAACUUUGGAGGACCGCUACCUCACAACAUGUUUAUCACAUCCCUUUUGAUAUUGGAUGCUAGCAGGAAUAAUUUCACUGGGGAGAUUCCGAGAUGCAUUAGGGAUAAUACAAGAUUGUUACAACUUGAUUUGUCCAAGAAUCAUCUCAAAGGUUCAAUUCCAGUUGAGAUUUGCAAUUUAAAGCUCAUUCAGGUCUUAGCUAUAUCCGAAAACAGGCUUUCAGGCUUUAUUCCUUCUUGUGUGAGUUCUUUACCUCUCGAACACAUCCAUCUAGAGAAAAAUCAAUUCGGUGGUGGACUGGAACAUGUACUUUUCAACUUUUCUUCUCUGAUAAUGUUGGAUCUUGGCUACAACAAUUUUACAGGAAAUAUCCCACACACCGUAGGCUCUCUUAAUACUCUCAACUACCUUCUCCUUAGCCAUAACCAAUUGGAAGGAGAAAUUCCAACUCAGAUAUGUAUGUUGAAUAAGCUAUCUAUCGUGGAUUUAUCUUUCAAUAAACUUUAUGGUCCACUCCUUCCUUGUUUGGGUUACUUAACACAAGCCAAAAAGGAUGCAAAGAUAAGAAUGACCUAUUAUUAUGACAAGACUUAUUGGAAUCCAUGGAUAACUUUUUUGGUCUGGAUACGGUUGAAAAGGCACUACCACGAUCGUCAUGGAAUUUUAACUGAUAUACUUUUGAUGGAUGCAGAAACUCAGGUCCGGUUUUCAACGAAAAGAAACUCAUACACUUUUAAAGGAAGCAUUCUAAAAUAUAUGUCGGGUAUUGAUCUCUCAAGUAACAGAUUAACUGGUGAAAUUCCCGUUGAGAUAGGGAACAUGAGCAAUAUACAUACAUUGAACCUAUCGCACAAUCAUCUCAUUGGAAGAAUACCAAAUACCUUCUCCAAUCUACAUGAAAUCGAGAGUUUAGACCUUUCCUGCAACAGAUUGAAUGGGAGCAUUCCUGUUGGUCUACUUGAGCUAAAAAAUUUGGCAGUAUUCAGUGUUGCAUACAAUAACUUAUCGGGUGCAGUGCCUGAUUUUAAAGCUCAAUUUGGAACUUUCAACAAAAGCACUUACGAAGGAAAUCCUUUUCUUUGCGGUUAUCCAUUAGACAACAAGUGUGGCAAGAGUCCUAAAUUGUCAAAUACCUCCAAGAUUAAUGGAAGUGAGGAAUCAUCAGACAUGGAAGAUAUUGAGUGUUUUUACAUUGGCUUUGUUGUGUCUUUUGGAGCAAUCUUGUUGGGAUUAGCUACAGCGCUCUACUUCAAUCCUCAUUGGAGAAAAGCAUGGUUUAUGAUGAUAGAGGCAUUGAUGUUUUGUUGUUACUAUUUUCUCUUGGAUAACGUUGUUACACCCAUCAAGAGUAUAUGGUGCAGGAAUGUUGGUUAG